GUGUCCAGCCCUGUGAAUAUGGCGGAUCCGGAAGGAGAGUCGCUGGAGUCUUGGCUCAAUAAAGCUACUAACCCUUCCAACAGGCAAGAGGACUGGGAGUAUAUUAUAGGAUUCUGUGACCAGAUCAACAAAGAAUUAGAAGGUCCACAGAUAGCUGUAAGGUUGCUAGCUCAUAAAAUUCAAUCCCCUCAGGAAUGGGAAGCAAUACAGGCUUUGACAGUAUUAGAGGCUUGCAUGAAGAACUGUGGGAGAAGGUUUCAUAAUGAAGUUGGAAAAUUUAGAUUUUUAAAUGAAUUGAUCAAAGUUGUUUCACCCAAGUAUCUGGGCGACAGAGUAUCAGAGAAGGUGAAGACAAAAGUCAUUGAAAUGUUAUUCAGUUGGGCAGUAGCUCUGCCAGAUGAAGCCAAAAUAAAUGAAGCCUAUCAAAUGUUGAAGAGACAAGGUAUUGUCACCACAGAUCCAGAGAUCCCUGUGGACAAGACUCUGAUACCCUCUCCCCCUGCACGUCCCAAGAACCCUGUGUUUGAGAAUGAGGAGAAGAGCAAGCUGCUGGCGGAGCUCCUCAGGAGUAAAAACCCAGAGGACUUACAGGAAGCUAACCGGCUAAUCAAAAACAUGGUGAAAGAGGAUGAAGCCAGGAUGCAGAAAGUCACAAAGCGCAUGAACACCUUGGAGGAAGUCAACAAUAAUGUGAAACUCUUGAACGAGAUGCUGACCCACUUCAACAGGGAGGAGUCCUCUGAUGCAGACAAAGAACUCAUCAAGGAGCUUUAUGACCGCUGUGACAAGCUCAGACGCACUGUAUUCAAGCUGGCCACAGAGACAGAGGACAAUGACAACAGCUUAGGUGACAUACUGCAGGCCAGUGAUGACCUGUCUCGGGUCAUCAACUCCUAUAAGAGGACCGUGGAGGGACAGGCAGUUAAUGGCGAGAUGGAUGUUCUGAGUUCAUUGACUAUGGAAGGCAACAAAGGCAACAGCAAGACCGAGACGCUGAUUGACUUGGCUGGGCUUGACAUUCCAACUCCCUCCCCACCAGAGCCGGCUCCAUCUUCUCAACCCCAAGAUUCCACAACAGCCAGUCUGCUAGUGGAACCUUCGAUUCCGGUUCUGCCUCCUCCUCCAUAUGGAUUGGCUGUGUCACAGGCUUGCCCUGUCAGUCAGACUGAAAGCCCCAGCCGUCCAUCCACCGGUCAGACCUCCGCUGCUCUGUCCCUCCUGGAUGAAGAGCUCCUCUCAUUAGGUCUGAAUGAUCCAGUUCCCAGUGUGAAUAGUCAAGUUCUCAGUAAACCAAAGGAAGAUGACUUAAGCAAUCAGUGGACUUCUUUACAGUGCCAAGCUUCUGAUUCAGGGUUGGACCUAUUUGGAAGUGCACCUCUACCAGGUCCCAUGUUCUCUGGAGAGCCAGCAUCCACAGCACCUGCCCCUAGGAUGACCUCUUUGUGUUACCCAGAAGCCCCCAGGACUGCCUCCUUCCCCUUUCCUAGUUCACACUCUGGCUCUGCCUCUCUUAACCAGGGUCUUCAGGACCUUGCUAUGCUUGACCUCGGGGACCCCAAGAGCAUGCCUGGUCUGUUGAACCCAGGUGCAAUAUUUGGGAUGGGUGCAUCUGCUGGCCCUGCAGCCCCCUCCAUACCUGGAUUCCCAGUCCCCAGCUCUACCCCUGUUCCCCUUGGAACAGUGCCAGCUGCUCCUGCAGUGUCCCAGGCCAAGGCUCAGGCUGUCAGCUCUACUCCAGGGAGUCCUCUUUUCCGCUCCCUGUCCCCCAUCCUCCCCCAGACGCAAGGCAGCCCAGCCAAGGGGCCUGAGGUUUCCCUAGCCAACGUACAUGUCCCCCUGGACUCCAUCAAACCCAGCAAAGUGCUGCCUGUGACGGCCUACGAUAAGGACGGGGUGCGGGUGCUUCUCCAUUUCGCUAUGGAGUGUCCGCCGGGGAGGCCGGAUGUGCUGGUGAUUGUGGUGUCCAUGCUGAACACGGCACCUCUUCCAGUCCAGAACAUCGUCCUGCAGGCUGCUGUGCCCAAGUCAAUGAAGGUGAAACUGCAGCCCCCUUCCGGGACCGAGCUGGCCCCCUUCAACCCCAUUCUGCCUCCGGCUGCCAUCACUCAAGUCAUGCUUCUGGCCAAUCCACUGAAGGAGAAGGUCCGGCUUCGAUACAAGCUGAUGUUUACGCUGGGGGAUCGGCAGUGCACAGAGGUGGGAGAGGUCGACCAGUUCCCCCCUCCAGAGAAAUGGGGAAACCUAUAGCCCUCCGACACAGAGAAAGGACAAGACAACAGUAGACAGGUUUACCGUAUAUAUAUCCCAGUGAGAUUGGGGGGGGCCCAAUAGUGUUGAAUGUUUUUAUCAAGGUAGGCAAGUGCUAUUAACGUUACUUCAUCCAUCAUCGCCCAGUUCUGUGUAAUGUUUGAGUUAUUGUUUUGUCUUACAGUUCUUGCAAUGGUUACAGUCUUUCAGAAUUGGGCUGUUGAUACAGACAGGCUGCACUUUAAAAGACAUCAAACACUGGAGAGAAACUCAUUUUUACUGUAAAUGUACAUAUCGUGUGCCACUUAUACUUUGAAAAGAUCUGCUGUAUCUCCAGGCUGUCAAGAAGAGCUCACAGUAUGUGAUAAAAGCUCUAGGGGCCAGAAGGCAUUUCUAGAUUUUACACCAGAUAAGGCAGGGUAGGGUUGCCACUUAACUAAAUGGAUUUGAACAAUCACUUCAUUGUUGGUGCUGGCUUCAAGGCCAUAACUGAUUUGGACUGCAUAAAUCUUUUACGUUCCCCUCCUCUUACCCCCUUCUGUUUUCCACAAGUACUUCAUCAGCAACUCAGUCAGACCCUUUUCUGAUUACGGAGUAAACAAACUCGCACACCAGGUCAUAAAGUCACUAACUUCAUGAUUUGGUUUCUGUAGUCAUUUGCAUUUGUCGGUGAAGGCACGUUGACAGAUAAAAUUUAUUUGAAGUAUGUCAAUGUAUGUCAACACACAUUUUUCUUUAUUAACAAUUUUUAUUUUUCCUGUUACUUUGAAUUCACAGGUUGGGGUUUAUCUUUUUUUGAACAUUUAGGUAGUAUUGAUAGAUUGUGGUAUCUAAAAGCAAUCUGAAUCAUUCUGAGGUAGCCAGGGAACGGUGUGGCCCAAUAGGUUAUAGAGAGACCUCUAACGCAUGAUGGAGUGCGGUCUGUCAAUUUUUCUGCUACCCCCUGAAUGCCUUUUUUUGGUCUGAUUGUGAUGCCCAAUCAAACUCUUUUAGUGGUUUCAGAUAUGAAUAUGGAUUUUGAUGUUUCCUAGCUGCUGUUUGCUGUUUUGUUCAGUCUUGACGUUACAGUAUAUUGCUGAAUUCCUCUUGCAGAGACAAGCAUUCCACCAGGCCCAGCCCAUCUCUUCUGACUGUGAAUGUUGGAUAUCUUUACCAGUAUUGCAGUUAUUUAUUCUUUGUCUUAGCAUUUAUCAGUGCAGAAUAUGAACUUACAGAGAAGAUUAACAGCCUGAUUUCAAAGACAUACUUUACAGGUGUGAUUUGAGGUAGUACUUUGUUUAGUUACAUCUUUGACAGCAGUAGCAUAUGAAGUAAAUCCAAGGUCUGUGCCAGUAGGUUUUUUGCUGGCCUGGUACGUGUAUGAAAUGAGAACUGAAAUGAGAAGAUUGUAGGGCUUGAUAGGGGUCUUUGAUACCCCUAAGCAGACUUCUUCCUCCCUCCCAGUACUCUCAUUGUAAAGCCCUGUUCUCUGUCAGCACUGUGACUCGUCAUAAUGAAAGAUGCUCCAGACCUGUUAUGUACAUUGCUGUAUUUAUUGUCUUCUAGAGAUUGUCAAAGUUAAUGUAUGUACAUGUAAUGUGUGGCUCUUUACAAAAGCUAACAGAAAACGUGUAUAUAUUUAAAUGUGGCAGAUG